AUGCUUUCACGCAGCGUACUUUCACGUGUCGCUAGAUCAUCUGCGGCUGCCUCUAUCCGUAGAUCAAACCUCGCUGCCUUCUCCACGGCUCGCCUUCAACCAGCUGUCACCAAGCCAGCUUUAGGCAAAUUACAAGCUAAGGCUACCCGCAACUACGCCACUGAAGUUAAGCAAGUUGGUAACAUCAAGCAGGUUAUUGGUGCCGUCGUCGAUGUCCAAUUCGACACCGAAGACCUCCCAGCCAUCUUCAACGCCCUUGAAGUCCAACACAACGGCCCAAAGGUUGUUCUUGAGGUUGCCCAGCACCUCGGUGAGAACACGGUCCGUGCCAUUUCUAUGGAGGGUACCGACGGUCUCGUUAGAGGCACAAAGGUAUCUGACACCGGUGCUCCUAUCUCCAUCCCAGUCGGUCCAAAGACUCUCGGCCGUAUCAUUAACGUUUCCGGUGACCCAAUCGAUGAGCAAGGUCCUGUUGACGGUGUCAAGAAGUCCCCAAUCCACGCUGAGCCACCAGCUUUCGUUGAACAAUCCACCGAAGCUGAGGUUCUUGAAACUGGUAUCAAGGUCGUCGACCUUCUCGCACCUUACGCACGUGGUGGUAAGAUUGGUCUUUUCGGUGGUGCCGGUGUCGGUAAAACCGUCUUGAUUCAAGAACUUAUCAACAACGUCGCAAAGGCUCACGGUGGUUACUCCGUUUUCUGUGGUGUUGGUGAGCGUACUCGUGAGGGUAACGAUCUUUACCACGAAAUGAUUGAAACUGGUGUCAUUAACCUUCAAGGUGACUCUAAGGUCGCUCUUGUUUUCGGUCAGAUGAACGAGCCACCAGGUGCUCGUGCUCGUGUUGCCCUCACCGGUCUCACCAUCGCCGAAUACUUCCGUGACGAUGAAGGUCAAGAUGUCUUGCUCUUCAUUGACAACAUUUUCCGUUUCACUCAAGCUGGUUCUGAAGUUUCUGCCCUUCUCGGUCGUAUCCCAUCUGCUGUCGGUUACCAACCAACUCUCUCCACUGAUAUGGGUAGUAUGCAAGAGCGUAUCACAACCACCAAGAAGGGUUCUAUCACAUCUGUCCAAGCUGUCUAUGUCCCAGCUGAUGAUUUGACUGAUCCUGCUCCAGCCACCACCUUUGCUCACUUGGAUGCCACAACUGUCUUGUCACGUGGUAUCGCUGAGUUAGGUAUUUACCCUGCUGUUGACCCACUUGACUCAAAGUCACGUAUGCUUGACCCACGUAUCAUCGGUCAAGAGCACUACGACAUUGCAACCCAAGUUCAACGUAUCCUUCAAGACUACAAAUCUCUUCAAGAUAUCAUCGCCAUUCUCGGUAUGGAUGAACUUUCUGAAGAGGAUAAGAUGACUGUUGAACGUGCUCGUAAGAUUCAACGUUUCAUGUCUCAACCAUUCUCUGUUGCUCAAGUUUUCACCGGUUUCGAAGGAAAACUUGUCUCACUUGCAGACACUGUACGCUCAUUCAAGGAAAUCCUUUCAGGAAAGUAUGAUCACCUCGUUGAGUCAUCCUUCUACAUGGUUGGUACCAUCGAAGAAGCACAAGCAAAGGGUGAAGCCAUUGCUCGUGAAUCAGGUGGUCAAUAG